AUGCUAGGGAGUUAUGCCAAAAGAGAAAAACCAUUUCUCUCCUCUAAGACAACUUUGGCACGAAAAAUAAGGCGGACUCUUUUGUCAUCUCAAGAGUGGUAUAACUGGAUUGUCGUUACAAGGAAGAAAAACAAACAUCUUUCCUUAUCAUGCUCUCAGAUUACAAAUCUCUCUCUGAUCCUUCAAGCUCAUCAUCACAACAUGAAUCAAUUUCCCAAUGAUUUGUCUAAACAAUCUAGUGGGAGCUUACUAGUCAAAGAAAUUGAGGUUCCUAAGCAUGUUGGAGAUAUGUUGAAGUCUUGGUUAAAUAAGGCCAAAAAAGCUAGAGAUGUUAGGAAUAACAUCACCAUUGUUGAACCUUAUGGUGGAACAUCUGACACUAAGAAUAUAAUGAUCACAAAUUUGAACCCUUAG